GGAUGCAUCCUUCUCCAGGGCAGUCAGGUCAGCAAGCUGCCUGCCAAUCAGGAUGAAGCUGGUUGCCACCUGUUUGAGAUUGUUCCAGGUAAGUCACCAUAGUGGUAUCUAACCAUUCCCUGUGAUGAGGUACUACUUGAACUUAUCCAAUAAGAAGCAUUCAUUUUUGUUUGCCAUUUCAAAAUAUAUUGCUACUGUGUGCCCUAUGCUGAGCAAGACCCAGGUAAAGCCUAAAUUAUGAAAUGAUGGAGUUUCUCAGGGAACUCUGGGUAGCAAAGCUGUUCACAGACUAGAAAGUUAUCAUUUGGAAGAAAAUAAGGAAAACAACCAACAACUCCCUUUUUCUGAAUCAAUCAAUCAAUGAAUGUAUGAAUGAAUGAAGUAAGAAUACUUUUUGUAUGACUUGUUAGGGGACUUGUAAGGAGAUUUGAAACAGGACUUGUAAGGGGACUCAUAAGGACUUUGUUGGCUUGUGUACUGUGCUGCACUGGGCUGCUGACUCUCUCUGUCCUGUUAUGCCCUGCUGGCACACAGGACCAGCCCUGCUUGGCACACACACCUGGCUGCGUGCAGACUGUGGACUCUACCCCCUGCAAGGCCAGCCAGCUGGUAACUGACAUGGCACAGCUGUAGCCCCUCUCCCCUCGUCCUCUCUCCCCAUCCAACCUCUCCCCUUGCUCUGCUCUCGCUGCUCUGUGACCAUCACCCGGCUUGGCGUGCACUCUCUUGCCGGCUACCCUCGCCUUCUUUCCUUGCUCGCUUGCCCCGUUGUUACACUGUCGCCUGUCUGGCCCUGCUUCUCCAGUGCCAGUAUGGGGCAAGACUGUUGCAAGCUCCACAAACCACAGAUUGUCUACACUGUGGGUAAGGGCACCUUGUGCAUGCGUAUCUGUUUGUCUUUCUGCCUGCCUGCGUGUGCUGUGUCUGAGCAGUGUAAACACCUAGGUGGUGAACAGGUUAUUGAUAGUUCUGUAUGUGUUCAGCGAUGAUCAUGCAAUGUGUGGCUAUCUCAGUUGUAAAUCACUCUGUGAAUCAGCGGGGCAACCAGAAGAGAAGCAAUGGAACUCUAGACUGCUCGUAUGUGUUCAGACACACACAAAUACACACACCAAACAGCCGCACACAUACACACACACACACACACACACACACACAACCACACCCUGUGACAAUUUACUGCUGGGGGUUGCAUGUGUCUCUGACAGAACUUUCAAGAAUACAGUAUCAUGACAAUGUUGAUCAUUUCACAAUUAAUACAUGACAGAAUAUUCAAAUCAAUCACUUUAAUCUGGGCUCCAUCCACCAUAAAUCUAGGUGCUUUUCUCUGCUACUGUAUUUACGCAGACGUUUGGCUUUGGUGUAUGUAUGUGCUAUAGCUGACACUCCCUCUGUCCCUCCCUCCCUCUGUCUGUCUUUCUGUCCCUCUGUCUGUUCCUCUGACUCUGCUUGGGGGAAUCUGUCAAGUGAUAAAUCUGAAAGAGAAAGUGUGUGUCUGUCUGUCCCUCUGUGCAGAGGAGGGAAAGUGCUAACCCUGUUGACCGGCAUUCAUGAACAGCCUAUAUAAACCACAUGAAUGUCAAUAACGUCAACACCCACUGGUCGCUAGACGACCGCGCUUGUGACUGCUACAUACUGGGACUGGAGUGUUUUGUUCCAAAAGAGAGAGAGCGAGAAUGUGUGUGUGUGUAUGUGUGUGCACAUGCGUGUGUGUGUCCAGUGUCACCUUGGGCCAUUAACUGCUGCCAAAACAAAAAGGGAAAGAGACAGGGUACCUAUCCUCUCCCCAGAGCGAGAGAAAGAGGUGAAGGGAGAGGUCAGGUAAAACAGAGAGUGAAUGACAGGCAGGCAGACAAACAGACACAGACAGACAGACAGACAGACAGACAGACAGACAGACAGACAGACAGACAGACAGGCAGGCAGGCAGGCAGGCAGGCAGGCAGGCAGGCAGGCAGGCAGGCAGGCAGGCAGGCAGGCAGGCAGGCAGGCAGGCAGACAGACAGACAGGGAAGGGUAAGGGGAAGGGGAAGGGAAGUGAAGGGAAGGGAGUGGAGUUUUACAUACAGUAACAACUGCAACAAUAGUAAACAGAGGGAUAUAUACACGUAGACACACAGUCACUGGCAUAAUUCCACCACACCAUCUAGCGGUCUACUGAGAAAAAUACAAAGAUUGAUGAGCACCAAUGUUAAAGGCUCUUGUAUGGCACAUAAGCACAGAGCAUUACAUGAUGACAUUGACAAUACCAAUUACCUCAUACUAUGUAGAUGGCAUCAUUGCAAAAGACAAGCACUGAGCUCAUGAAGACAUCAACAGCGCACUAUGCAUGUGUGUCAGUGGCAGUCGGUACCAUUUAAGAUUAGAGAGGACUAAUUUUUUAUUUAUAUUACAGCAUAUUGGAUGACUGCCAUUCACAUUCCAUUCACCCAGCUCAAUGUAACAUCAAUAGAUUUAGGGCACUACAUGAUACUGGAUUUUGCCCUAUACCCAUCAUGAGGUUGCUACAACCUGGCCUACAAAUGAACGUUUAUAACAUAGGUGCACAGGUCAAGAGACAAAUUGGAGUAAUCAAGGUGACAGACAGUGACACAUUAAAUACCGCCUUGCACACUCUUGCCUGCAUCUAGCUGAUCUGGGAUCAUUAGUCCAAACAGUUGCAAAACGUUCCAUUUUGCAACUAAAAUGAGAGUUUCUGUUGGACAAAUUCAGGUAGGUCCCUCACCAUUUCGUUCCAUUUGCUUCAGUUUAAGAAAUGUUUUGCAACAGAAUUGGUGGAAUGAAUACACCCCUGAUCACAAAAAGUUCACGUUCAUAGCAGCCACAUACAGGUUCAUCACUUUGCUCGUUGUAUAAUUCCUUCUUGCAUCUACACACUAUUACUCUCACCUUCUCCCUCGCUUGUGGACUUCAGUGCACAACACAACCGCUCUCUGUGACCAGGUGCAAAAGCUUCUCCAAGACAAACCUUCAUACCAUAACCGCUAACCGCGACACAGCGUACGUCAUUGUCAACAUGUUAACGUUAUAGUCAACAAACUACACUGAUCAAAAAUAUGAACGCAUGUAAAGUGUUGGUCCCAUGUUUCAUGAGCUUAAAUAAAAUAUCUAUGAAAUCUCCCAUACACACAAAAAGCUUAUUUCUCUCAACUUUUGUGCACAAAUUUGUUUACAUCCCUGUUAGUGAGCAUUUCUCCUUUGCCAAGAUAAUUCAUCCACCUGACAGGUGUGGCAUAUCAAGAAGCUGAUUAAACAGCAUGAUCAUUACACAGGUGCACCUUGUGCUGGGUACAAUAAAAGGCCACUCUAAAAUGUGCAGUUUUGUCACACAACACAAUGCCACAGAUGUCUCAAGUUUUGAGAGAGUGUGCAAUUGGCAUGCUGACUGCAGGAAUGUCCACCAGAGCUGUUGCCAGAGAAUUGAAUGUACAUUUCUCUACCAUAAGCCAACGUCAUUUUAGAGAAUUUGGCAGUACGUCCAACCAGCCUCCCAACCGCAGACCACGUGUAACCACACCAGCCCAGGACCUCCACCAUCCGGCUUCUUCACCUGCGGGAUUGUCUGAGACCAGCCACCCGGACAGUUGAUUAAACUGUGGGUUUGUACAACCGACAAAUUUCUGCACAAACUGUCAGAAACCGUCUCAGAGAAGCUCAUCUGCAUGCUUGUCGUCCUCACCAGCGUCUUGACCUGACUGCAGUUUGGCGUCGUAACCGACUUCAGUGGGAAAAUGCUCACCUUUGAUGGCCACUGACACGCUGGAGAAGUGUGCUAGUGUGCUCUUCAUGAAUAAAUCCCGGUUUCAACUGUACCGGGCAGAUGAUGACAGACAGCGUCUAUGGCAUCGUGUGGGGAAGCGGUUUGCUAAUAUCAACGUUGUUAUGCUUAACACCCCGGCCAUCCUACAAUCCAAACUAGAUGCCCUCAAUCUCACACAAAUUAUCAACGAACCUACCAGGUACAACCCUAAAUCUGUAAACAUGGGUACCCUCAUAGAUAUCAUCCUGACUAACUUACCCUCUAAAUACACCUCCACUGUCUUCAACCAGGAUCUCAGCGAUCACUGCCUUAUUGCCUACGUCCGUAACGGGUCCGUGGUCAAACGACCACCCCUCAUCACUGUCAAACGCUCCAUAAAACACUUUAGCGAGCAGGCCUUCCUAAUUGACCUGGCCCAGGUAUCCUGGAUGGAUAUAGAUCUCAUUCCAUCAGUAGAGGAUGCCUGGUUGUUCUUUAAAAGUAAUUUCCUCUCAAUCUUAAAUAAACAUGCCCCAUUCAGAAAAUACAGAACUAAGAACAGAUAUAGCCCCUGGUUCUCCUCAGACUUGACUGCCCUUGACCAGCACAAAAACAUCCUGUGGCGUACUGCAUUAGCAUCAAAUAGCCCCCGCGAUAUGCAACUUUUCAGGGAAGUUAGGAACCAAUAUACACAAGCAGUCAGGAAAGCAAAGGCUAACUUUUUCAAACAGAAAUUUGCAUCCUGUAGCACUAACUCCAAAAAGUUUUGGGACACUGUAAAGUCCAUGGAGAAUAAGAGCACUUGCUCCCAGCUGCCCACUGCACUGAGGCUAGGAAACACUAUCACCACCGAUAAAUCUACAAUAAUCGAGAAUUUCAACAAGCAUUUUGCUACGGCUGGCCAUGCUUUCCACCUGGCUACCACUACCCCGGCCACCAACUCUGCACCCUCCGCUGCAACUUGCCCAUGCCCCCCCCCGCUUCUCCUUCACACAAAUUCAGAAAGCUGAUGUUCUGAAAGAGCUGCAAAAUCUGGACCCCUACAAAUCAGCUGGGCUAGACAAUCUGGACCCUUUCUUUCUAAAACUAGCCGCCGAAAUUGUCGCAACCUCUAUUACUAGCCUGUUCAACCUCUCUUUCGUAACGUCUGAGAUCCCCAGAGAUUGGAAAGCUGCCGCGGUCAUCCCCCUCUUCAAAGGGGGUGACACUCUAGAUCCAAACUGUUACAGACCUAUAUCCAUCCUGCCCUGCCUUUCGAAAGUAUUUGAAAGCCAAGUUAACAAACAGAUCACCGACCAUUUCGAAUCCCACCGUACCUUCUCCGCUAUGCAAUCCGGUUUCCGAGCUGGUCAUGGGUGCACUUCAGCCACGCUCAAGGUCCUAAACGAUAUUAUAACCGCGAUCGAUAAUAGACAGUACUGUGCAGCCGUCUUCAUCGACCUGGCCAAGGCUUUCGACUCUGUCAACCACCACAUUCUUAUUGGCAGACUAAAUAGCCUUGGUUUCUCAAAUGACUGCCUCGCCUGGUUCACCAACUACUUCUCAGAUAGAGUUCAAUGUGUCAAAUCGGAGGGCCUGUUGUCUGGACCUAUGGCAGUCUCUAUGGGGGUGCCACAGUGUUCAAUUCUUGGGCCGACUCUUUUCUCCGUGUAUAUCAAUGAUGUCGCUCUUGCUGCUGGUGACUCUCAGAUCCACCUCUACGCAGACGACACCAUUUUGUAUACAUCUGGCCCUUCAUUGGACACUGUGUUAACAAUCCUCCAAACGAGCUUCAAUGCCAUACAACACUCCUUCAGUAGCCUCCAACUGCUCUUAAACACUAGUAAAACUAAAUGCAUGCUCUUCAAUCGAACGCUGCUGGCACCCGCCCACCCGACUAGAAUCACUACUCUCGACGGGUCUGACCUAGAGUAUGUGGACAACUACAAAUACCUAGGUGUCUGGUUAGACUGUAAACUCUCCUUCCAGACUCACAUUAAGAAUCUCCAAUCCAAAGUUAAAUCUAGAAUCGGCUUCCUAUUUCGCAACAAAGCCUCCACUCAUGCUGCCAAACAUGCCCUCGUAAAACUGACUAUCGUACCGAUACUUGACUUGGGCGACAUCAUUUACAAAAUAGCCUCCAACACUCUACUCAGCAAAUUGGAUGUAGUCUAUCACAGUGCCAUCCGUUUUGUCUCCAAAGCCCCAUACACUACCCACCACUGUGACCUGUACGCUCUUGUUGGCUGGUCCUCACUACAUGUUCGUCGUCAAACCCACUGGCUCCAGACCAUCUAUAAAUCACUGCUAGGCAAAUUCCUGCCUUAUCUUAGCUCAUUGCUCACUAUAGCAGCACCCACCCGUAGUCUGCGCUCCAGCAGGUAUAUCUCACUGGUCAUCCCCAAAGCCAACACCUCCUUUGGCCACCAUUCCUUCCAGUUCUCUGCUGCCAAUGACUGGAACGAAUUGCAAAAAUCUCUGAAGCUGGAGACUCUUAUCUCCCUCACUAACUUUAAGCAUCAGUUGUCAGAGCACCUUACCGAUCAUUGCACCUGUACACAGCCCAUCUGAAAUUAGCCCACCCAACUACCUCAUCCCUAUAUUGUUAUUUAUUUUGAUAUUUGGCACCCCAGUAUCUCUAUUUGCACAUAAUCUCUUGCACAUCUAGCAUUCCAGUGUUAAUUCUAAUUGUAAUUAUUUUGCACUAUAGCCUAUUUAUUGCCUUACCUCCAUAACUUGCUACAUUUGCACACACUUUAUAUAUAUUUUCUGUUGUAUUUGUUUGACUUUAUGUUUUUUUACCCCAUAUGUAACUCUGUGUUGUUGUUUUUAUCGCACUGCUUUGCUUUAUCUUGGCCAGGUCGCAGUUGUAAAUGAGAACUUGUUCUCAACUGGCUUACCUGGUUAAAUAAAGGUGAAAAUUGAUGGCAAUUUGAAUGCACACAGAUGGCAAUUUGAAUGCACACAGAUACCGUGAUGAGAUCCUGAGGCCCAUUGUCAUGCCAUUCAUCUGCCGCCAUCAUCUCAUGUUUCAGCAUGAUAAUGCACAGCCCCAUGUCGCAAGGAUCUGGUACACAAUUCCUGGAAGCUGAAAAUGUCCCAGUUCUUCCAUGGCCUGCAUACUCAUCAGACAUGUCACCCAUUGAGCAUGUUUGGAUGCUCUGGUUCGACAUGUACUACAGCACAGCACGUUCCAGUUCCCACCAAUAUCCAGCAACUUUGCACAGCCAUUGUAGAGGACUGGGACAACAUUCCACAGGCCACAAUCAACAGCCUGAUCAACUCUAUACAAAGGAGAUGUGUUGCGAUGUAUGAGGCAAAUGGUGGUCACACCAGAUACUGACUGGUUAUCUGAUCCACACCCCUACUUUAAGGUAUCUGUGACCAACAGAUGCGUAUUUGUAUUCCCAGUCAUGUGAAAUCUAUAGAUUAGGGCCUAAUUUAUUUAUUUCAAUUGACUGAUUUCCUUAAAUGAACUGUAACUCAGUAAAAUCUUUGAAAUUAUUGCAUUGCGUUUAUUUUUUUGUUCAGUGUAGAACUAACGUGUUAGUAAACCCACAAUCCAAUCCAUGUUUACAUUCACGUAGUACAGUGUACAGCAACAGUUUAGCAGUUACACCGGCGGGCCCCGGUGGCAAUACAUUAAUACAACCGAAAGCUUACCUUAACUUGGAAGAGUUGCAGUGCUUUAGCCAGCUAUCUAACAGAAAUAGCAUUCCUCUCUGUUUGAGUCAGGUUGUUGAGUAGGCUAAAUUAGCUGCAUUAGCUAAGUAAGGUAAACUAAAAGGGGGGGGGGUGGAUUACGAAAUAUGUAUCUCUCUCUCUCUCUGAUGCUUCUCCUUAAUUUUUGAAGAAAUGAAUUUGUUCAAAACUUUUCAACUAUUGUCUUUCUUUCUCUUUGAGUCAACUACUCACCUCACUUUAUGCACUGCAGUGCUAGCUAGCUGUAGCUCAUGCUUUCAGUACUAGAUUCAUUCUCUGAUUCUUUGAUUGGUUGGACAACAUGGAGGACGUCCUCUGGAAGUCAUCAUAAUUACUGUGUAAGUCUACGGAAGAGGGUGUGAACCAUGAGCCUGCUAGGUUUUGUAUUGAAGUCAAUGUACCCAGAGGAGGACGUAAAAUAGCUAUCCUCCGGCUACACCACGGUGAUACCCUAGAGGGUGCUGUUGAGGCUACUGUAGACCUUUAUUGCAAAACAAUGUGUUUUAUAAGUUAUUUGGUGACGUGAAUAUAUGUGGUAUAGAUUUAUUUAAAAAAAUAUAACUUUUUUUAUGUUUCACUAUUUAUUUUUUUCAGAAAUUAGAGUAGGAUGGUCCUCCCUUUCUUCCUCUGAGGAGCCUCCACUGAUGUGUGUGUGUGUGUGUGUGUGUUUGUUUGCAGGAGGCAGUGGAGAGAAGGAUCGUUCAGGUCUGAGCGAGUCUUUCCUGUUGAUGGCUAACUCUCAGAGUGACAUGGAGGAGUGGGUCAGAGCCAUACGAAGAGCUAUAUGGGCCCCGCUAGGAGGAGGUAACACACACUCACACACAGACACACACACACACACACACACACACACACACACACACACACACACACACAUGAUCAUGCACAUACUCACACACACAAACACACACACACACACACACACAAACACACACACAGAGACAUACACACACACAUGCUCAUACUCACAUACACACAGACACAUACAUGCACACAUACCCACACACACCAAAAAAAAAAACACACACACACCAACAUGUAACAGCCAGUUUAUUGCGUGUGUGUGUGUGCAUGCGUGCGCGUACGUGCGUGCGUGUGUGCCUGCGUGUGUGUGUGUGCUUGGAAUCUGGGUGCCAUUGCUCUAGGUAUCUUUGGCCAGCAUCUGGAAGAGACAAUACAGUGUGAGAGUGGGUGUGGCAGCAGCAGCAAGCCUGUGGUGCCUCUGCUGGUGGAGCAGUGUGUGUGUUUUAUACACCAGCACGGCCUCACAGAGGAGGGGUUGUUUAAAAUGCCUGGACAGACCAAUCACGUAAGAGAGCUGCAGGAUGCCUUUGACUGCGGGGAGAAACCAGUGUUUGACAGGUAGGAGAAGUCCUUUACUUUCACAUCAAAUGACAGGUAACACAACAUUAUGUAACACAACACAGGUACAUGGGCUCUAUUGGAAAUCAGUUAUAAUGAUGUUUAACAGAUUAUCUACAGAUACAGUUUAUUUAAAUAUUAUUAUGGAAAGAGGAAAACACAAUGUAUGACCGUGAACUGUACUGACCUGUCCUGCAGUAACACUGAUGUCCAUACGGUGGCUUCCCUUUUGAAGCUCUACCUCAGAGAGCUGCCGGAGCCUGUGGUGCCUUUCAACAAAUACACAGAGUUCCUCUCCACCGCUCAGCUACUGGCCAAGGACCAGGAGGAGGUGUGUGUGUGUGUGUGUGUGUGUGUGUGUGUGUGUGUGUGUGUGUGUGUGUGUGUGUGAGUGACACACGUGCCUCAAGUAGUAAUGCUCUCAUUCAAACCCUAAUGAAUGUCCUUUUGAAGGGGAUCUUUGAGCUGGGUAGGCAGGUGAAGACUCUUCCUCAGGUCAACUAUAACCUCCUCAAAUACAUCUGCAGGUAAACAGAUUAUAAUGAUGUCAUCUAUGAGUACUGAGUAUUGCUGAGUCUCUCCUAUCUCUCUCUCUAGUCUCCUCCAUCUCUGUAGAUAUUAGUAAUACAUAAUGACAUAAUCUCUAUAGAUACUGACGUAAAUACAUGUCUGCCUUCCAUCUCUAUGAUUACUAUCAAUACAUCUUCAAUGACAUCAUUCUAGAUAUAAAUCUUUAAUGACAUCAUCUAAUACUAUAAAUAAGUGUUUUAAUGAUGUCAGAAGGCAGCUGUGGCAGCAGAUCACACAGACGGUGCAAACAGCAUGACUCACCACCACCUCUCAUACUAUAUCUGUCUCAGUCUGAAUCAUACUGAACAUACAACAAAUUUGAUAUUCAGACAAUCUUGGAUGAAAUAAAAUGUGCUUCAGGUAUUUAUUUAUUUUUUUGCUCUGUGUUUUAUUCUUACUAGCCUUUAUAUGUGUGUGUGUGUGUGUGCGAACCUGCGUGUGUGUGUGUGUUUGCGUGUAUUUACACUAUAGAUUCCUAGAUGAGGUCCAGUCCCACUCCAGUCAGAACAAGAUGAGUGUUCAGAACCUGGCCACUGUGUUUGGACCCAACAUCCUCCGACCCAAGAUGGAGGAUCCACAAACCAUGAUGGAGGGUAGAUACCAACGCAUUUCCCUCUCGAAUGACACACGUGCUAUGAGCAAACUAACCAUAGCAUUUCAUGUGGGGAUUUGUAAAAUAAUAAGAUGAAGCAAAUAACUUUUAUUUUACAAUGUCAGUGAAAAGGAGGCAUUGUUAAACCAGAGUUUAAAGCCAGAAUACAUAAUUUGUUUCUCAGCUAACCAGCAGCCCUGCCAUCUUUUUUAGAUCAUCUGAAGCAUUAGGCUGGAGAAAGCAUUUUCAGUGUCUGGAAAAGUGCUAUAUAUAAAUCCUAUCAAAAACGAUUAUCUUUUUUUUCCACCCUGCAGGUAGUUCCCAGGUGCAGCACCUGAUGACUGUACUGAUCAGUGAACACUCUCGUCUGUACCAGGGGGAGGCAGAGACUCCCAGGGAGGACCAAUCUGCCCCUCCUCCGACUCCUUAUCCCCGGGCCCCUACAAUUCAGCACUGCAGGGUGGAGUGGCUCUCACAGGAGGACAUCCUGCCCCCCACUACCCCUACCCAGCCCUAUCCCUCCCUGGGACAGACCCCUAACACCCCAAGUCAGGAACCACUUCAACCCAUCUCGACCUCCAGUGUCUCCUCUCUCGAUACUGACCACCCUGGAUCAACCACCCAGGAAAGAAAAGAGGGGGAUUCAGAGGGAAAGAGUGAAAGAAAGAGCGAAAGAAAACUCUCGGGUGGUAGUGGUGCAGCCCUUGGUCCCAGUAAACAGUCCAAAAGCCUGUCUUCAUGGAGGUCCUCCUUGAAGGGUGGGUCUGGGUCAGGAGGGGUGAGGGGGAAGAUGGGAGGGUCAGCGGUUGACAUGUCGACUGUCACCAGGGGCAACUGGCUGAUGAACGGCUUGUCAUCCUUCCAUAAUCACCGACGGCCUGCUUCGACCGGCAAACGACUCAAAGAGUCCUCGCUUUCCCUGACAGAGACACAUAAAGACUCUCUGCCAGACUCCUAUACUGGGUCCUCUUUGUCUUUAAAAUACUCUUCACACUCUCAAAGAAGCUCGCUAAAAGACUCAUCUCCUUUACAUAUAGACUCUUCCUGUUCUAGUAUAGACUCCUUUCCCAAUAUAAAGCCCUCCGUCUCUGUCAGAAACUCCUCCCAUUCCAACAGGCUCUCGACCUAUGACAACGUUACUAUCACUCCCUGCAGUCUGAGCUUGCCCGAUGGAAGCCCCUCCCCCUGGACCUCCUGUGAGAUCUCAUUGGCUGAAUCUACAGGAACUGAGCGUACCACACUGAACUCUGGGUUAGGGUCCGGGCAGGCUGUGGCGGGGUCCUCGGUGGCUGGGGGCAGUAGCUCUGCUCUGGAGCUGUGUGUGAGCAGCGCUGGCUGCAGCAAGGGUGACCCUGGAGAUGACAUCACAGGUCUGAGGUCAGGGGUCAACAAGGGUCUGUUUAGCCUGGUGACGGAGCUGAAGGAAGAGCUGAGGAGACAGAGGUUCAGCUAUGAGACACGAAUACGCAAGUAAGAACUAACUUCUUGUUCUUGUUGCAAUGGUAUUGGUACAGUAUGUUGUGGUGUGUGUGCCUAUGCGCACAUAAUAUAAUAUAUGUCAUUUAGCAAACACUUUUAUCCAAAGCGACUUACAGUCAUGCAUGCAUACAUUUUACAUAUGGGUGGUCUCAGGAAUCAAACUCACUAUCCUGGCGAUGCUCUACCAACUGAGCUACAGAGGACUUUAUGUGUGUGUGCACAUCCAUGCGUGUCUGCUGUACUCGCUAACCCUCUCUCUCUUCUCUCCUUCUUCCCAGAUUGGAGGAGUCAUGUUCAGGUCUUCGUCUCCAGUCUGGUCGUUUAGAAGAGGAUCUUAACCAGGAGAAGAAGAGGUUCCGCAUGCUGGAGAUCCGACUGGGGAACUCAGAACGCGCAAGGCAGGAUGCAGAGACUCGGAAUGUUCUCCUGCAGAAAGAGAUGGAAGAGUUCUUUGCUACACUGGGAGACCUGACCACUGGCACACAUACCAGCUAG